AUGCGAGCCUCAUAUGCUAAGAUGACCCUGCAGGAAAUUGAGACUUGGGUGCAAGCUCUCGACGCCUAUGAUAACCAGGAGUUUGAGGAAUCCUUACGCUGUUUUGACCAAAUUGCCGACACUUCCAAGAUCUUGUUUAACUGUGGCGUGAUCUAUGCCACGUUGGGCGAGCAUGAGACAGCAGUACAAUGUUAUCAAAAAGCAACCGGCCUGGACCGCUUCCUUGCUAUUGCAUACUUCCAGCAGGGCGUGUCUAACUUUCUGCUGGGAGACUUUGAGGAGGCAUUGGCAAACUUUAACGACACACUCCUGUAUUUGCGUGGGAACACAUCUAUCGACUAUGAACAGCUAGGCCUCAAGUUUAGACUCUAUUCGUGUGAGGUUUUAUUCAACCGUGGCCUAUGUUACGUCUAUCUUCAACAGAUGGGUCCCGGACUACAGGAUCUCGAAUACGCCGCAAAGGAGAAGGUGACCACAGAUCACGAUGUGAUUGACGACGCAAUCCGCGAAAAUGCAGAUGGAUAUACGGUUUUCUCAAUCCCUGUGGGCGUGCUCUAUCGACCAAACGCAGCUAAAGUCAAGAAUCUCAAGACCAAAGAUUACCUCGGCAAGGCCAGGCUCGUUGCGGCUGCUGAUCGUCAACAAGGAUCAAAUUCUCAAUGGCAACCCAUGGCUAUCCCCAUACAAACUGUCCCCGAAGGCCGCGAGGGCAUCCCCUGGACAGUGUCACAUCUGGUUCAUAAGAAUUUGAGCAGUCGCACUCGUCAACAAUCAGAACCACCAAUGAACCGUAACGUUUUCCCGCCCACACCACCCCCAGACGACCGCACUGCCUCCAAUGGUGCCGCAAGUGGAUCAUCGCACCAUCGCACCUCCUCUCUCCGAAACGCUCGUCCACCCCAAUUAGAUCUUGCUCAGACCAAGCCAAACUCAGACCAGCGGCUAUUCGCAGAGGUUGCUACUGGCGUAGAAAAGCCCCGUAUUGGCACCACACGAACCGCCUCCGAACCCCGCGGUCCUUCCGGGAGACACUAUCAAAACAUGCGUGGCUUCGGCGGGGAGUCCUCAGCUGGUGGUCACCGACGCAAUCUCAGCGACACUAACUAUACUCCCGACCCCGAGCACGCCAAUAACAAUUACACUUCUGCAACGGCCCAAUCCAACUCCUGGGGCCGCAUGCCCCGCUAUCAGCCACCGCAAUACAUUGAUGAGGAAGAGGAGUACGGCAGCGACGAUUGUGACGGCUCUCCGGUGAAAGAUGGUGGCUUCGAGAUUGUGGUCAACGCGCCACCGUCUACCAAUUCGCCCAGUAAGCGCACACGCUCACCACGGCGCUACUCGCGGCGGCCUGAAGUUACCAAGUUCCGAACAAAGGUACAUGCACCGGACGAUAUUCGAUAUAUCAUGAUCGGGGCGACUGUGGAGUAUGCGGAGUUCGAAGCGCGAAUCCGCGAGAAGUUUGGAUUCCGGGGCCCGCUGAAAGUGCGAGUCCAAGAUGACGGCGAUAUGAUUACUAUGGUGGACCAGGAGGACUUGGAUUUAUUGGUUGGUUCCGCGAGGGAUAUUGCAAGGAGGGAAGGUAGCGAAAUGGGGAAGAUGGAGGUAAGAUCUUGGAUUUGUUCUGUCCUUUUCCUUGGACGAUUUCGUACGAGACCGUGA